CCGAGGUCACCGGGAGGAGUGGACGGAAAACCGGGAGAGGAAGCGGAGUCAGUCGGGGAAACCUGAAAAUGUACCGGUGAUGUGUCCUAUACUCUUACCGUUUCACAUUCAGACAGGAGAUAGGCCGAUAAUUGAUGACAGCUCCGGUGGAACGACGAUGAGCACAACCCUGCUACCAAGUCAUGGAUAAAGUGCUGCCAAAAUGACACACGAGACCCUCACAGGCUCCCAGCUGUCUAUCAAAGCCGCUGCCUUGCGAAUGGUUGACCUCCCGCUGUCCGUCUACAGCUCCCUGACGCAGGUGAGCGUCAGCACCGGCACCAAGAAACUGGUGGCCGCCACAACCUUCGGUACCAUCUCACUCCUCCUUCUCGCUCGCCGCUUUAAAAGGAGGAAAGGCAGGAAGAAGAGUCAGUUGCUUCAGUGGGAUCAGGCUGAUUUUAAGUUUGUCUCCCCAGCCGCUGCAGAAAGUGAUAACACCAGCCACAACAUCAGUUUCUCCUUCAACUCCAAGAAUAGCUGCUCAACUGGUUCUGGGCUGGUUCUCACCACAAGAGAUUACAGGAAACUAUCCGGAUCUCUGGCGAGCUUGGCCUCGGUAAAAAGUGUGAACUCGUCCAGCAGUAGCACCUGUGCAAAUGAAUCCAUCGGCUGGGAUGGAGGGAGGGAUGCUGAUGUGUGCAGCGUGGUCAACUUGUCUUUUACCACACCAGAAAAUCUUUACCUUAUGGGCAUGGAUUUGUUUGAGGAGGCGCUGCAGCGCUGGGAGGAAGCGCUGACCUUCAGGAGCAGACAGGGUGAGGACGACGCAAGCUGCACUUCUGUUAAAACAGGAGCCGGAGACGCAAUCGCUGAGCAGAGCAUGGAGGACGUCAUCAGCGUAGAGUUUAUCCACAGGCUGAAGUCUCUGCUGCAGCGGGCUUAUCGCCUGCAGGAGGAGUUUGAGGGAGUGUUGGGCAUGUCGGAGCCUUCGUCCCGCAGCAGCAGCCAGGACGAAGUGGCGGACCUUCUGGCCAGAGAGGACCUGGACGACGUCUGUCUUAGAGACAGCAUCAGCAUCGCUUCCAAUGACUCUUUUGUGUCUGCAGCUGAGCUGUCGGAGCACAGAGAUCUGAGGGGCACUUUUCCUCUGGGACAUCAUCCUUUUUACGAGGAGGCGCUGCAGAUGGCCGAGGAGGGCAAGAUCUCCUGCAGGGUGCUUCGAACUGAGAUCCUGGAGUGUGUCGGCGACUUGGAUUUCCUGGCUAAGUUGCACUGUGUACGGCAAGCAUGUGAGCUCAUUUUGAGCGACAGGGUGACCAGGAUGUUCCUGGCCGACACAGGAAGGAAAAUCUUGUCUUCCAUUAUAGUCAAAGCUCAAAAAAGUCCAAAGCGAUUUGAGGAAGUGUUUGAGGAGUUGAUUUUCUUCCUGGAGCACUCGGAUCACUGGGAAGACACAGAGUUGGAACUGGCUUCACGAGGGGUUAGGCAUUUGAACUUCUAUGAUGUUGUUCUGGACUUUAUCCUGAUGGAUUCCUUUGAGGACCUGGAAAAUCCUCCCAUCUCAAUCCAGAACGUGAUCAACAACCGCUGGCUCAACAGCUCUUUUAAAGAAACGGCGGUGGCGUCAAGCUGUUGGUCGGUACUGAAGCAGAAGAGGCAGCACAUGAAAGUGGCCAACGGCUUCAUUUCCCAUUUCUACGCUGUGUGUGAACAGAUCAGCCCCGUCCUGGCCUGGGGCUUCCUGGGACCGAAGACCUCCCUGCACGACCUCUGCUUCUUCUUUAAGGACCAGGUGCUUCACUUCCUAAAAGAUGUUUUUGACCCGGAUAAAGUGCGUUACUCCUCAGUGGAGACCCUGGCAGAGGACAUGCUCCACCUUAUGCACCGGCGCUCUGAGCUGCUGUUGGCCUACCUGGGACCAGACACCCUGCGACCCCUCAGUGGCUGCAGUACCUUGCAGGUCCAGCUGGUCCCCAGUGCUCUGCUGGAGGCACAGGCACAGUGAGUGGCCACAUGUUGCUUUCACCAACCGUUGGACCAAAGAAAGAUCUUUAUCUUUGAUUUUUUUUCAAACCACGACGCGUAAAACAGAGUCUGAAAUCCACUCAUGACAUCUGUCAUCACACUGUGUGCUUUGUGGAUCUGUCUGCCUUCAUCAUCGUCUGAUGUGGCCUCCUCUUCUCCCCGAUCCCCUUUCACCGUGCCAUAUCAGUGAAAUAUAUCAGCAGUAACAUUUGUAGUUUUAACAUGAGGAUAAGCAUUGUGCUUUGUAAAUUAAGACUUAUUUAUUGCAGUUCAGAGCAAUUUGACACUAAAGAGUAAUUUUGCCAUAUUUAUUUGAAUAAAAAGCCUAAAGUUGCAGUGUUUAUUUUGUAGAUGUUGCAAGUAUCUGUCAAACAUGCUGUGGGCUUUGUCAUUUAUUUAACACAUUCAUAACCUCAUGAACACAAGCAAUGCAAUAAUGUUACAUGUAUAUGCUACUUAGCACUAUUGUUGCAGCUACUUGAAAAGGGGUAAGUUUCUUACUGACACAAAGACUGAAAACCCUAAAUGAAAUAUUUGAAGGAAGCUGUCAGUUUAUGUAAUAAUCCUAGCUGAGCUGUAAAACCUCUCAGCUUUUAAGCAACUUGUGUCACUCCUUUCUUAAUAAAAGCACAAGAAGCCUUA